AUGCAAGAGCUGGGCUCUCGCUCCCACUCUGCCAUGUCCUCAUCAGGAAAAGCUGCCCUUGCCCCCGCCUGCCUCUCCUUCGAGUGCUUCGACACCCUGACCAAGUCGUGCAUCAAGUGCUCCGACCUGUUCCAGGACAACACAACAGAGCCUACCCUGGCACCCUCCCUGAGCAGCACCUUCCUGAUCUUCGGGGUCCCGGUGGUGGUGGGGUUCCUCCUGGUUCUGGCUGCUGUCUGUGUCUUCCUGGCCUGCAAGGAGGGAAAGCGGAGGAGAAAGAGGAAGGCAGCAGAUGAAGAGGACAAAGAAAACAUAGACACCACCAGCCCCCUGCCCAACCAGGACUCUGCCAUGCCAGAGGGAGACGGAGCCCUGAACCCAGCCCCAUGCCUGCAUGUUGUUGGGAGCCUGAAGAUGCCGGGGCCACCCAGGAAAGCCAGGGCGAAGCAGGGGCCGUGCUGCCAGGGAGAUGCUGAUGGUGACAUUGUUCUGCUCUCUGCUGUGUACCCCCGGCCUGAGGAAUGCAACCACAGCUUCCCGCUGCCCGCCACUGAGCUGGGGGCCACAGCGCUGGUCACCACCAAAACCACCCAGAACUGCGCCAGAGAGGAGACAGUCUGAAGG